AUGUUCGCACCCCAAGGUCGAAUGCGCAACUGUCUUUUCGUUUUUGGUUUGCUAGGAGCAGUGGUGAACUUUCCGGAAGGAUAUUCAAACUCAUACCCAAACACCUCCUACAAGUCCUUCCAGAAGAUGAUCAACGACUCGUACAUGGAACGAGGAGAUGAGGAUGGAUUAUCUCCAAAUCUCUACAUUUGGAUAUGGUCAGCUGUACUCAACGUAUGGUUCCUCGGAUAUCUUCUGGGAACUUUCGUAACACCCUACUAUACGGAACGCUUUGGAAGGAAAAAAACCCUUCUCGGCUCAAACUUCGUUGCGCUAUUGGGUACAGUGCUUUCAUUUUUGAGCGUAACGCUCUCCAUUCCGGAACUAUUUUUCCUAUCGAGAGUUGUCUCCUCGAUGAGUUCCGGUAUAUCAUUUGGAGCAUUAAUACUCUUCCUUCAGGAAGCCACACCAACCGAAUAUCGCGGACUGACAUCGUUCCUCUCCGAGAAUACAUUCAUUGCCACAACUGUUAUGGGCAUUGGCUUUGGCAUGGAUGCUGUAUUCGGCAAGAAUCUGCCAGUACUUACAGGUAAUUCCACUUUCACUCCAAUUAAUUACCCUUGGUAAAA